AUGGCUGAAGGAAACAACCCCCAGCGCGACUAUGACCUAAGCAGGCCCAUCAACCUGGACGGCGUCGGCUUGCGCCAGAAGCUGACCUCGUACGGGGACGCGCACUUCUCGCUGUUCAUGCGAAAGUUGUUCAUCAAGGCUAUGGGUUAUAGUGAGGACGCCCUCUCGCGGCCCAUCGUCGGCAUCGUCAACACGUACUCGUCCUUCAACCCGUGCCACGCCAACAUCCCGCAGCUCAUCGACGCCGUAAAGCGUGGGGUGCAGCUGCACGGGGGGCUGGCCAUCGACUUUCCGACCAUCAGUCUGCACGAGUCGUUUGCCGCGCCCACGAGCAUGUUCUUGCGGAAUCUCAUGAGCAUCGAUACCGAGGAGAUGAUCCGCGCGCAGCCGGUUGAUGCUGUCGUGUUGAUAGGGGGCUGCGACAAGACAACACCGGCUCAGUUGAUGGGCGGCAUCUCGGCCAACAAGCCCAUCAUCCACCUCGUCACUGGCCCCAUGAUGCCCGGCAGUUUCAAGGGGACACGGGUCGGAGCCUGCACAGACUGCCGCAACAACUGGGCCACCUUCCGGGCAGGGGGUCUCGAUAUCGAGGACAUCUCCAACCUCAACGAGGAGUUGGCGCCGACGGCCGGUACCUGCGGGGUCAUGGGCACGGCUAGCACAAUGGCGUGUCUGCUCGUGGCGCUCGGGAUGAUGCCGAUCCAAGGGGCCACGCCCGCGGCCGUGUCAUCCGCCCGCCUGCGCAUCGCGGAGUCGACAGGGGUGCACGCCGUGCAGCUCACGCAGUCCCGCCUCGCGCCUCAGACCAUCCUCACGCGUGAAUCCUUCCUCAACGCCAUCACCGUGCUGCAGGCAAUCGGCGGCUCGACCAACGCCAUGGUGCAUCUCAUGGCCAUCGUCAACCGCCAUCCGACUCUUGCAGGCACCGUCACGCCGGCCACCGUCGACGAGAUUGGCCGCCGAACACCGCUGCUCGUAGACCUCAAGCCCAGCGGCAACAACUACAUGACCGACUUCCACAACGCCGGCGGCAUGCCCGCGCUACUGCACCAGCUACGCCCACUGCUCCACCUCGACGCUCUCACGGUGACAGGUCACACCCUCGGCGAGGAGCUCUCCAAAGUAUCCAUCCUCACGCUACCUCCAGACCACCCAGCCAACUGCAUCCGCCCCUUCACCGCCCCGCUGUACCCCUCCUCGGCCCUCAUAGUCUUCCAGCACGGCAACCUCUCCCCAGGAGGCGCAGCGGUGCUCAAAGCCAGCGCGUCCAAAGACCGACGUCUCAUACAAAACUACCGCGGCCGCGCCGUCGUCUUCCACGGGUCUGCCGAUCUCGCCGCGCGCAUCGAUGACCCGGCUCUUGAUGUCGACGCCGACAGCGUGUUGAUCCUGACCGGGAUCGGUCCCGUGGGGAACCCGGGGAUGCCCGAGGCCGGGCUGAUCCCCAUCCCGCGGAAGUUGGCUGCGCAGGGCGUGCAGGAUAUGCUGCGGAUUUCGGACGGGCGUAUGAGCGGCACGGCGGGCGGGACGAUUGUGCUGCAUGUGUCGCCUGAGGGGGCUGAUCCGGGGUCUAUUUUGGGGGUGGUACGGGAUGGGGAUGUGGUGGUGUGUGAUGCGGAGACGAGGGAGCUGAGCGUCGAGGUGGAUGAGAAUGAGUUGCGGGAUCGGCUGAGGCGGAGGAGGGAGGAGAUGCAACACCGGGCUGCCAGUGCGGUGGCUGCUGGGAAUGAGGACGGUCUUGAGGGUACUUUGGAACCAUGGGUGGCCAGGGACCGGCUCAGGGGUUAUCGCGGACUGUACAUGCGCGAGGUCAAUCAGGCCGAGCAUGGCGCUGACUUUGCCUUCCUAACAGCUGCCGGGCCCGGUCCGGCUCCGCGAUCCGCGCGAUUUUGA